ACUGAUUCGAUAUGUAAUGAAAUUAUUGAAGACGUCAAUAGCAAAUACCCUAAUUUUGUUAUUAAUAGAAUGGACCCCGAAUGGGCUGGAAGUACUUGUACCCCCUCUUCUUUGGAUGAGAGUUAUAAAGGACUGAUGGAUACCACUUUAUAUAAAGAUGGAAAUGAUGAGGCGGCUGGUCGGUCUUGGGUGUUCCAAACGUGUAUUGCGUAUGGUUAUUACCAAGUCGUCAGUGAGAAGUCCUCUGUGAAAUUUGGGAAGUUAAACAAGUUGGACGGAAGUAUUAAAAUGUGUCACGACAUAUACAACAUCGACAACCAAACAUUAUAUAAUGCAGUCGAUCAUAUCAAUGUCAGAUACGGAGGUAAAAACCCUAAAGUCACUAAUGUGGCAUUUACAAACGGAGGAACAGACCCAUGGCACGCACUUGGAGUCACUCAACAAGAAGGACAAGACGGUAAUUUAGUCAAUUUGAUUGACAGAACGUCGCACUGCUCUGAUUUGUACAUCGAGAAGGAAACCGACGUCCCCGCACUAAAACUUGCUCGACACAAAGAGCUGAGAUUCUUUGACCAAGUUUUGGCUAAUUUGCCAAAGAAGGAAUAA